UAGGACUUUGGUUGUCAGCGGUGGAGCUGAGACUGCUGUUAGCAAAUUUGAGUCCCAGUAGAACAGGGGGAAGUCAUAAUGGAUUAUAGGAUCAUGUUUGAAGAUAUUUUUCCAAAAUCGACUUUAACGUUAUUGUUUGGGUUCAUCGUCACCCUAUUGGUCCUUGGUUUUCUUUACCCCAGCUUCAGUUUAAGACAAAGGAAGGAGCCCCCAGGACCCAGACCUCUUCCUCUGUUUGGAAACCUGUUUCAGUUGGAUCUAAAGAGGCUGGAUCAGAGUCUUUUAAAUCUGUCCAAGAAAUAUGGAUCAGUUUUUCAAGUCUUCUUAGGGCCAAAGAAAGUGGUGGUCUUGGCAGGGUACAGAACCGUCAAACAGGCGCUGGCCAAUUAUGCUGAUGAAUUUGGAAAUAGAGAAAUCACUCCCGUGUUUAAUGAUUUUACAGAGGGACAUGGUAUCCUUUUUUCUAAUGGAGAACCGUGGAAAGAAAUGAGACGUUUUGCUCUGACAACACUGAAGGAUUUUGGAAUGGGGAGAAAGAUGAGCGAAGAGAAAAUUAUUGAGGAAUGUGGUUACCUUAUUGAUGAAUUUGAACAGUUUGAAGGUAAAGCCUUCUACAAUGCCAAGGCAAUAAAUUACGCAGCGUCAAAUGUUAUAUCGGCUUUAAUGUUUGGAAAACGAUUUGAAUAUAAAGACGUGGUCUUCCAAGCAAUGGUCGAAAGAGACAAUGAGACAAUUCAUCUUACAGGAACAGCUUCCCUCCUGAUAUACAACCUUUGUCCCUGGCUUGGUCCCUUCCUGAAAAACUGGAGGGAUUUGAUCAAGAAUGUAGAGGAAGGUAAGACGGACUUGAGAACGAUAAUAAAGAACCUGAAAGAGACCCUGGACCCUGAGGUUUGCGGAUGCUUUGUUGAUGCUUUUCUGAUCCGUAAGAAGCAUCUGGAGGAUUCUGAAGUCUUGAAUCUCCACUACCAUGAUGAUAACCUCCUCUAUAGUGUAACGAAUCUGUUUGCAGCUGGGACUGACACCACUGCAACCACUCUGAAGUGGUGUAUCCUUUACAUGGCUAAGUUCCCUCAUAUCCAAGAACGGGUUCAAGAGGAGCUGAGCAGGGUGAUUGGAAGUCGACAGGUACAAACAGAGGACAGGAAGAACUUACCGUACACAGACGCUGUUAUCCACGAGUCGCAGAGGUUUGCCAACAUUGUUCCAAUGGCCCUUCCUCAUACAAUAAGCACUGAUAUUAUCUUCCAGGGCUAUUUUAUUAAAGAGGGAACAACUGUGUUUCCUCUUCUUACUUCUGUCCUCUAUGAUGAGGCUGAGUGGGAGAAUCCCCACAGCUUCAACCCUUCUCAUUUCCUGGACAGUGCUGGGAUGUUCAUUAGGAGAGAUGCCUUCAUGCCCUUUUCUUCUGGUCGCAGGGCAUGCCUUGGAGAGAGUUUGGCCCGAAUGGAACUCUUCCUCUUUUUCACCUCCCUUCUUCAGCAUUUUAGUUUCACUCCUCCUCCCGGAGUCUCAGAGGAUCAGUUGGAUUUAACACCAGUUGUUGGGAUCACUCUUGCUCCUAAACCUCAACAGCUGUGCGCUAUCCGUCGUCACUGAGAAGAAGAGUUGAGAUUGCUAAUAUUUUCUUCUAUUUUAGAGCUAAAGGGCAGAAUUAUUGUAGAACAUAAGAAAAUUCAGCUUCUGAUUUUUUUCAAAUGUUAAUCAUUAAGCCUUUGAAUCAGUUACUUCUCAGAUUUCUCUAUUCUAAGUAAUUUUACAGACUUUUUUAUAUACACUCACAUGUGUAGUAAACAAGGUUUUAGAUAUUGAGAACAAUAACGCUAAUCCACAUGUAAAAAGGUGUCAAAAGAACUUUAACUUCAAGGCUUUCAAUUGUCUGUCUUCUGAAGGUUUACCUCUUAUAUUCUGUUGUAUCAAUAGAUUUAAAGUCUGGUUAGGUGAUUGACUGGGCCAUUCUAUAGCAGCUUUUAUUUCUAUAUCCAAAGUUGGGGACUAUCACAGGUGGUCAUCAUCAUUUUAUUCUCAGAUUUUUACUAUGAAUGAUGCAAAUUUACCCAUCCAUC